UUUCGUUUCGAAGUGCAUAACGAAGAUACUCUCAGAACUUCAGCUCGAAUUAACCGAGAUGUGAUGCCGAGACCUUACUAAGACACCGAAGCAGCAGAAAACGCUAGAGAGCCCAAGGCCUACGACAUCACAGAACAAAAGAAAUAAUAAGAACACCAAUAAUAACAGAGAACAAAGAGAAAUAAAGUAAAAAAGAAAUGAGCUUUGGCCGCCAUGGGAGGAGCGUCUCGCCGCCUCACCAUGUCUCCGGUGUUAGCGGCCUGGGCCUGGCAGCGCAGCCGGCGAGGAAGGUAUCGUACUCGUGCUACGACCUGCACGAGGUAUCGGAUCACUUACCUGGCGAAGCGGCGGCCCCCGAGCGCCCCCUCAGCACCCGCUGCCUGCCCCGAGACCGGCCCGCGUGCUGGGGCGUCCCACCCAAGCCCGUCCAGCCGCAACGCCGCAACGUCUACGUCACGCGCUCUGCCCCGAGACCCUCCCACGGGAACUACGACGUCCACUCGGGCAGCCCCGCCCGCAGCAGUUCCCACGUCCACUGCGCCAUGAACGGGAGCGUGGGCGGCCUCCCGUCGCAGUCAUGGACGACGAAUCGGCUCUUCCGGCCUCCGACCAUUCGCCCCAGGGUCUACAGCGACUGCACCAAGGGCACCGCCGCCUCCCGCAGCCUCCGCAUCAAGAAAUGGCUCCAGAGCAGGCAAUCCAGCAUGGGAUCGCAGGACCCGUCGUUCGCAUCCGUGGACGAAGGCGAUGAGGAGGGACGACUCCCAAGCCAAUUCCUGGACGACAUAACCGAGGUAUCGGAAAACGUCUUUAAUAGGAAGGAGAAGCGCACCUUCCGCGUGAGCGCCAUGAAGACGAGUCGGCGGCGCCAGUGGCGGACGAGGGCCGAUCGAGAGAUCAGCCCCGCCUCCGAGACCAGCCACGUCGACAGCGAGGCCAGCGUGACCUUCGACAAGACCCUCCUUGAGGUCACCGAAGGCUGGAACUCUCAGGCGGUGCGGGAGCAUCGCAUCAACGCCCUCAGGUCCUUCCUGACCACCAGGAACCAGCCUCUCGCAGUCCUCAACCUCCUGGAAGCCGGAAAGAUAUCCGAAGCCAUCGCGACGGCCAGAGAAUGCAAGGUGCGCGUGCAGCUGGACGUGUGUCUGCUGUGGGCGUGUCAGCAGGGCGCGGCGGACAUCGUGCGCUCCCUGGUGGCCGCGGGCGCGAGCGUGGAGGCCCAGGACAGCGACGGCUGUGGCCCGCUACACCUGGCAGCGGAAAGUGGCUCGGAGGAGGUGAUCCAGGCGCUGGUGGAGGCCGGGGCGAAGGCGGGCUCCUACAGGGACUGGGACCUGCACGAGAAACUGACGCCUCUGAUGCUGGCCGCCCGGAGUGGGUGCGUUGGCGGCAUCAAGAUCCUGCUGGCCGCGGGCGCAGACAUCGACGCGGGGCUCGACACCACCGGUGAAACGGCGCUGCACCACGCCGUCCGCGCCGGCGUCCCCGAGUGCGUGCAGCUGCUGAUUAGUUCGGGGGCGACGGUGAACCCCACCACGCUGUACAGCGAGUCUCCUUUACACGUGGCUGUGUACGAGGACUUGCCCAACGUGGUGGACAUCCUCCUGAGCGCCGGGGCCAACGUGAGAGCCUCGAAGGGCACCGGCAAGAUGACCGCCCUCCACAUCGCCUCCAACGAAGGCUACUACACCAUCGCGCACCAGCUGCUCAAGGCCGGCGCCAACCCCAACCAGGAGAACCAGAUGGGCCAGACGGCGCUGCACUUGGCGGCCAAGUCGCAGAGCUACGACACGGUGCAGGUGCUCCUGAGCUUCAGCGCCGACCCGAACGCCCGCGACCGCGACCUGAAGACGCCCCUGCACUACGGGAUCUUCAAGGGCUCGAGGUCGCAUGAGUGCCUCCGGCUCCUGCUGGAGGCGGGAUCGGACACCAACGCGGCGGAUCUGUCCGGCUACACGCCCCUGCACAUCGCCGCCGUCCACGACUCCUCCUACUGCGUCCUGCUGUUCCUGAAUCACGGCGCGGACGUGACGGCGCGCACACAGGGCGGAGUGUCGGCCCUGCACCUCAUCCUCCGCAGGACUCCGACGGUCCUCGCGCACAUCCAAGAGAACCUCGACGCCGCCAUCUCCUUCACCGACCAUGACCAUCAGGAGAGAGAUUCUCAGGCCCAGAUAAACUUCCGUGUGUUGGUACCCGGCGACACCAUUGGCAUGGAAAGCCGCAUGCUCUCAUGUUUCAGUCGUGAGGGUCAGAAGUUACUCCUGAAACACCCUGUUUGUGAAAUCUUCCUCUUACUAAAGUGGCUCCGGGUCCGAAACUUCUUCAUUUUCAACCUGGUCUUCUACUCCGUGUUAGUCGCUCUACUGACUUGCUAUAUCAUGGUCGUGUUUCCAGCAUCUUCGUGCUACCACCUGAACGCAACCACGCAGUCCACGCAAGAGGCUGAUUCUCAAGGUCCUCCUCCUUUUGAGGACGAGGAAGAUAAUCUCCUGAGAGAGAGGUGUGGCCUGCACUACGAAGCCUUCAUGGUCAAUCUGCUGUACAUCAUUUGGUUCGGCUUUGGGAUCUUAGUCCUGAAAGAGAUCUUCCAGAUGCUCGACACCCCGAGGACUUACUUCUCCUCGUGGGACAACGCCCUCAUCUGGCCCAUCAUCAUCUUCACGCUGACCAUAACCAUUUCGUCUUACGUCCGCCACGACACGAGGGACUGGGAGCACCAUCUGGCCGCCAUCGUCAUUCUCCUGACGUGGGCGGAGCUCCUCUCCCUCGUCGGAAGAUUUCCUUUGUUCGGGGUCUAUAUCCACAUGUUUACGCACGUGACCAAGAAUUUCGCCAAGUUCCUGUGUGCGUACGCCUGCUUGCUCACCGCCUUUUCGCUGAGUUUCGGAGUGCUCUUCCCGAACCAGAAGUCGUUUGGGCAGUACGGUGCCAGGUUGAUAAAGACGAUGGUCAUGAUGACAGGCGAGAUCGAGUACAAUGAUUUAUUUUAUGGUGACGAGACCAUACUGUAUCCGGCGACGACGCACAUCAUAUUCUACGUAUUUCUCAUUUUUGUCACAAUCAUCCUCAUGAAUCUGCUCGUCGGUCUCGCUGUUUCUGACAUCCAGCGCCUGCAGAAGUCGGCGGGCCUCGACCUCCUCGUGCGUCAGACCGACCUCAUCUCGCACUUCGAGGCCAUCAUGUUCAGCAAAUGGCUCAAAUGGAUCCUGCCCAAGGGAAUACUUCGACUGCUGCACCACAGCAUAUCCCUGUGCCCAUCGCUGUAUGGAUGGACGCACAUCUUGACGCAGAAGACGUUGCGGGACACAGGCCUCCGCCAAGAAACCAUGGACGUGGUUCUGCGCAUCGCCCGCACCCGCGACCACGUAUCUCGCCGCAGGAACGCCUUCGCCAACUUCCGCACGCUCAGCAAGACGGCCCAGUACUCGAACGAUGCGGACGGCAACGUGGAGAGCAGCAUGGAUGCCCUCCGCUUCGGGCUGGACCUGCUCGUGUGGGAUGCCGACGAGAGGAGAGAGGAUGCGAGGCAGAUGAAGGAUGAUCUGGCGAUGGUCACGUCCGAGGUUGAGAAUAUGGCGCAGAUCAUGAACGCCAUAACCAUGCAGAAGGUGUUUGCGCCUUGCCAGCACGAAGACGAACGAUCGAGCGUUUACACGUCAUGUGAAACGAUGAAAUUCUCCAAUGGUGCUAACUCUAACCUACCUCCUAAAGUCCCUUCCAGUGAGGCUUGAUUACACUUCAUUACUUACUUACGUCAUUAACAGUAAAUUAGUACUGCAUAGGCGAGGGGUGUCAUACUCAAAACCCUUCGGGGCAAUUUCAUAGCAGCUACCAUCUUGUAACAGACAGAAACUUGGCUUUCUAGGAUUACGUUAUCAAACUAUUUUACGUUCCAGUCCGUGAAGUUGAUUAACUUAUUAGACUGAAAAGGGUGACUCUCUAACACAAUGUAUCUCAUUCAUGACAAUCAUUAUAUCACAGGCUAAUGGUUAUUCCACAUCUCAAAGGGCCACAUUCUGGCUUAGGGUGUAGCAAGCACUUCAUGGUAAUAUGCUUAGAAUUUGCUAUAGGGACUAUUUCAGUUCAUACUUCUGGGUGCUUUACAUAAUACUUUCCUUCCAGACUUACUGUAGAAAUCGUACUACUAGUUCAGUCUAUUGUCAGCUCAUAUACUCAUGUCAUUAUGGUAUGAAUUUUAACAGAUUAAGCAGUAAUACACAAGAAAUAUGUUGGUUACUUCAAGAUGCCCACACAGGAAUGCUUGAAUACUUAAAUAAACACUAGUCAUCUUACUAAUCUAAGAAUGAGUAGAGGGUUAGUAAAUCACACAUGUCAAACUGCAGAUCCAUGUGACUAUGAAAUUCACACAGAUGAUGAAAAUGAAAAUAAAGUUACUGAUCUCAA